CCCGUUUUAAUGAAGUUUGUGUUAUUUGUCAUAGUUGGUAUAGCUUUGGCAGCUCCAAUUUCAUAAGAUUUAGCCUAAUUGUCACUUCUAUAAACACCAAAAGAGGAAGUAUUGGAACAAUUAGGUGAUUUAUUGAGUGAAUUAAGAAAAGAAUAAAUGAUGGAUGACACUUAACUUGCUCAAGUAUAUUAUUUUAAUAUUUAAAAGACAAAUGCAAAAUUAGAAGCUGAUAUUUUAAUAUCAUAAUCCUAACUGGAAGCUUAAGUGAACUAAUUAAAAUCAACAAACACUUUAAUAGGAGAUUUAAGUGAAGAAAUUUAUACAAUAUCUAAAACAUGGGCCAAUUUGAAUUAGCAAUUAACAGAUUUAGGGGCUAGAGAUAUCUAAUUAAGAGAUUCACUAGCAAAUGAAGGAGCUGCAUUUGAUGUAAAUUAAGUAUUAAUAGUUUUAGAGUGAAUCUUCAUAAGCAAGAAGAUCAAUUAAUGGCCUUACAUAAAUCAUAUAAAAAUUAACAGAUGCUGUUUUAUCUCAACAAUCAUUAAUAGAAAAAUAAGAAAUUGUGAAUACUAUGAAAUAAGAAUUAGGAUAAAAGCAUCCUGUUGCCUUAUUAGUUGAAGUGACAUCAAAGUUUGAUAAAGCCACUGUCUAAAACAUCAUCUUAAAAUUGGAACACAUUUAAUCAUAAUAAGAAUAAUAAUUAAUUUAAUCUGAAUAAAAUUGGACUGUCUAAUAAUAAACUUAUUAGACUUUACUCAAUGAAAUUUCUGAAGUUUCUAAAAAAUUAAGUUUUGAUGCUUCCACAGCUAAGACUUCAAUUGCCAAAAAAUAAAAUGAAAAAGUAACUGCAGAUAAAAGAAAGGCAUAACUUGAAAUAACAAUUCCUUAAACAGAAUAAGUAUUAACAAAUCUAAAACAACAAUAAGAUUCUUAUAAUUUGGCAUAUUCUGCUAGAAAGCAAAAGAGGUAUAAUUAUUUAUUUAUAUAUAAAUAGAACUCAAGAAGUUGAAACAUUAAAGAGUGCUUUUGAAUUGUUAGAAAAAAAAUUAAGAUGAUUACCAUUAAAAUAAC